GAUUUGGAACACCAGUCGCGUCUCUCCGCCCACUUCACCAACGAAUCGUGUUUCGGCGAAGUCACGGUCCACACCAGUCCGACCCAGCCCCAGAAACCGGAAGAGGAACGACUCCUGAACGGGCCAUAGUCGGAGGCAUGAGACCAACCAGACGACACGGCUAGAGAUUAACUUUAGCCCCGAUUCAUACCCCCCGUUUGCGAUUUCGUACGGACUCAACAAACCUCCAACCCAACACAUUAAAAAAUAAAGUACACAAAUGCCCCCAACUGCAACUCACCCUUAAGCGAGCGCAGCCAUGGCGGCAAACACGAACCGCUACUCGACCUACACCACAGCUUCGGUUGGCUCUGGUACCGACUCCAAGAAUGGGGAUAAGACCGAAAAGAAGGAUCUAUGGAACUCCAUGCUCUCGUCCGUGGCAAGCGGGAGGCGGCUACCAGAGAAGAACAUAAUACUGCUGGGCGGCACUGUCGACUCGCAACGCGAGUUCUUUGAGACCCUCUCCAACAACGACCUCCGCCGCACUCUCGACCGGAACGCAUCGCGGAUGCCCCCUGUCGCAAACAGCUUCGCCCUUGGCUACACAUACUACGAUGUCCUCGACGCCGACCAGGAGGACACCCUCGCGCGCAUCUCCCUUUACACUCUCACAAGCCCUUCCGCCGCAUUUGCCUCCCUACUCCAGCCGCUCCUAACGCCCCAAUCGAUAUCAAACACGCUGAUAGUGGUGCUACUGGACUGGUCCCAGCCGUGGAAGUGGAUGCGACAGUUGCGGGAAUGGAUUCUGCUUCUGAGGACAGUGCUGGUCUCUUUAAGCAACGAGUGCAAGGAGACCAUGGAGGAGGUCAUGCUGGCAUGGCGAGAUCGCGGGCGAGGCGGCGGGACAAACCUGGACGGUACGACGGCCGUGCCUACAGCAGAUGGCGAGAUGGACCUUCCCGUGGGACCAGGAGAGUGGGAAGACGCACUGGGCUUGCCCCUGUGCGUUGUGUGCCAGAAUGCCGAGAAGAUGGAGUAUCUGGAGAAGACGCAGAGCUGGAAGGAGGAGGAGUUUGACGUUGUCCUGCAAUUUCUGCGAACAACGCUGUUAAAACACGGUGCCUCUUUAAUCUACACCACGCCCUCGGUUCCCUCCCAGCUCCCCACGCUUAUCCACUCUAGCUUGGGGAUACACUCGCUCCUCAAGAAGCAACCACUCAAGCACAACGUAAUCGAUCGGGACAAGGUCGUCAUCCCGCCAAACUGGGACUCGUGGGGCAAGAUCCGGGUCCUCAGAGACGGCUUCGACGUCGACCUCGUGAGCAACGGUUGGUCGAUUGACCUCGACCAGCCAUUCCCGCGGCCCCUAGAAAACGGAACCGAAGACGAAAACGAAGAGGUAGACGAGGACAGCGAGCACGUGGCGGCCGACCCGGAAGGAUCAACAGUCGCCCUAUACGAAGAGUCCGUCCAAGACCCAAGCAUGGACGCCCUCCAGUUGGCGGGCCGCGACACUCACUCGACCGCGCUCGAGGUCGAGACCAUCGACACCCAGACCUUCCUCGGGCAACAGCUCAAGGUCCUGGACGCCUUCAAGCAGAAGAACGAGGAGGCGGCGCGGGAAGAGUCCCGGCAGAAGCCCCACAAGAAGAUGGAUGACGACCUCGUCAUCGACCACGACCAAAAAGCAGACGCCAGGGUUCUCGAGCACAUCGGCCCCGUGCAGUUUAACAUGGGCGGCAUUCAGGUCGACGCCGACGACAUGGUACAGCGGCUUAAGGAGCGCCAAGCGUUCGGCUCGUCCUCCCAGCCCGAGAGCCCAACGUCCGAGGAAGCCCUGGACUCGACCUCGCACAUGGACACGGAGAACCUGCAGGCUUUCUUCCACGGGCUGAUGAACAGGCGAGGAGCGCCUGCCAGAUAGCACUCGACGUGGAGCCGAGACCACCUACAAAUGGAGGUUAGCUCUUGAUGAGCACAUAGGCAACCCGCGCCGAGAAUUCCCCUUUGUUAUUGUGGUGGCCCCGAGUACAUGGAUGGUUGUGAACGAGGAGGUAGCGAGUGUAUUGCCAUGUUGGUCUUCCUGUUGUCGUCGGUGUUUGGCGAAGAGGCGAGAAAACACCGAGAUUGUAGACUAGAUACCCCCUUUGGAGAAAUAAUGAAAGAUAAAAGAGUGUAAGAGUCGGCCCGAUCGCGCGUUAAACAC